AUGAGGGGCAACUUGCUCACGGCCCUGUUGGGGCUGCUCGUGGUGCUGGCGGCUGGCAAGGAGGACUUGGGCCUCCAGAACUUCAACUUGACCCAGUUUUCAGGCAUGUGGUACGAGAUUGCCUUGGCCUCCAACCCGGAGCACCAGAGCCCGUCCCCAGGGCGGAAGGUGGGGGCCGUGAGAGUGGAACAGGAUGGGGCCCAGCUCAGCCUGACCUCCGUGUCUGACCACAUGAACCUGUGCGUGAAGGAGAAGAACCAGGCCGUGAAGGGGGACGCCCCCGGGAAGUUCAAGCUCCCUUUAGACUCUGGAGGCAAAGAGGUCAUCGUGGUGGCCACGGACUACAAGACCUACGCGAUCAUGAACAUCGUCCUGCACAGAGGCGGGAAGCCCAGCAGCGUGCUGAAGCUCUACACCCGGACCCUGGAUCACAACGAGAAGGCCACAGAAAAGUUCGUGGAGAAGGCCGUGGAGCAGGGGCUGUCAGUCUCGGACGUGCAGCUGCUCACCAAGGACUUGACCUGUGUGAACCUGCUGUCCUAGGUGGAGCUGACCUAGGGGCGCCCCCGGCCCCCACCGGGGUGCUUCCAGCCCUGGGGGGCCACCGGCACGUGCUCCACCCGAAUAAACUCUACAGCCGAA